AUGCCGUUUCCAUCGGCGGCGUCCUUCACCCAGGCAAAGUGGCUCGCCUUCUUUGCUGAGCUGACAGCUAAGCUGACGCAUCACAAUGCACUGGUUGUUAUGGAGGGCGCCGAGUUGCUGAAGCGUCUGCUGCUUUCACGCGUGUCGAUUGCAGCGGUACUGCAGCAAGGAGACCUCCUUCGGCGCCUGCUGGAUGCAUGGCGCGGCUGCGUCCUCGCAGAGUACCCGCACGAGUUUCUGCAUCGCCACGACGAAACUGCCUUCGCUCUCUCGGCACCGCCGCCCCCGUCAGCAGCCGUCGCGCUCAACGAUGAACUAAGCUUUGUGCUUGCCGAGUCCAUCUCGCAGUGCAUCGACCUCAUGGUUUCGCUUCACGCAGACGGUGACCCGUACUACAGUCUGCUGGUCUUAGCCCGCGCGGGCCCCAUGAUGGAGGUACUUGUUGACGUGAUCCAGAUGGCACCGCCGCAGACCUACGGCAUCACAGCGAGUCUUCUGCAGCAACUACUAGCCCUUCCGCUUGGACGCGACCCUCUCGGCAGCAUGUGCAUCGGCGACAGCGUGGAUGACGCGCGCGGCGAGGGCGUGCGGCUGGGCUUUGACAAAGCAACGCUAGCUCAGUUGAGGAAGUCAAUUCCUCUGCAGCAGCAUGUUCACUCUCUCGUCGAGGCAGUCCAGGAGCACAGGGUGCUGCUGCAGCACGCCACCGACACACUGGCAGAGCUACUCGCAGUGCAGCAGGGACCUCGUCGACUGGCUGCUGUCUCUCUCUUCAACCAAGCCUCGAAACGGCUUCGCAAGUGCCAACUUCGGCACAGCUGUGAAGCCACCGCUGCGGCGUUCGUGUCAGGCGGCGACGACCCGCCUGGCAUACCGCCAUACAGUCGGUACAGCGCGCGCGAGUCCACUGUGGAUGACUCUGACUUGAAUGUUACCAUCACCGGGGCGGCGCUGGCGCCCAGGUUGUCACCGUCGCCGCCGCCCAACGCUGUUACACUGUGCGCGAUGGAUGACUUGGAGCAAGGCCUACGAGCAGCUGAAAAGCGCCGCCACAGCAGUGCAGCAGCGCUUCCCGGCAAAACAGAGGAGGCUCGUGGCGCUGCUGCUGCUGCUGCUGCUCGUAGUGACGUUUCCCUUGCAAAGGAGGCAGCGCGCUCUCCCUCGCCACCCGCCGCGAACCCCGUCAUGGAAUCAGACAAGUCUCCAGCACCGCCCUCGCAGCUGCACGACGUAAGCUCUAUGGUGGAUGCCGAGCCGCCGCGCCUUGUGUGUGCGGUGCCUCUGACCAUGGCCGAGGAGUCCUUGCGGCACCUUGCCGCGUCUCGCUCCCACGACGCCUUCUUUGCCGCCUUUGACUGGCUCUGGUGCUUGACUGUCGCCGACGCGCCCGUGGUUGGCGAGGCGCUGACUCCGGAGAUGCUUCGCUGCGGGCUUGGGCGAUACCUGAUGGCGGCUCCGCGGACCCGGCGCGAUCGCGUCCUCUUCACACUCCUGCUGCUCUGGAUUGGCCACAUGCACUCCGUAAGCGCUCUGCGCGAGGAGACGCAUAAUUGCGUGCUGGGCUUGGCUGCCUCAGCGCUGCUGCCCAUGUUGCGCGCGGAGCUGGCCGAGGAUGGCGGCCGAACGUCGCCUAGACAAGCGCGUAACAACAGUGGCGAUCACGGAAUUUCCUCGCUGGCUGUCUCAGCCAUCACGCCAACAAACACGAACAUCGCCGUUGCUACGAGCGCUACGAUGCUAUCGGCUCAGGCGGCAAUGAACCACUUGGACUACGGCGGCGUUGGCGCUGAUCCGAGAGUGACUGGACUUUCCCUCCACCCCUCCCUGUUCCGCUAUGGAGAGGGCCGCGACGGCGGUAGCGACCCAAGCGUGAGCGGCUCCGCAUUGCUUCCGUACGCAACGGCCCGCAAGGCGCAGGAGGCAGCGAUGCUGCUGCGCCCCUCUAUAGGGGUGAUUUUGCUCUCGUUUCUUCUGAACAUCCACACUGGUGCUGUUGCCCACAUGCAGCGUGCGUGGGUUUUGCAGGGGCGUGUCCUUGAGGUGGCGCAGAUGGCUGUCCGGCGUGCACAGGGCUGCCGAUCUGUUCUCCUCGACACCCCCACCAGCAUCGAUGGCGCUCUCUCGGACGAGGUCUAUCUUGAAUAUGCACUGCGCAGCGUGCGGACAGAUGCAACAACGGUGGCGGUGCUCGGUUGCCGACUCGUGGCCGCCGUACUGGGGGACGAGGUGCGCUGGGGUGCGGCGGCGGGCGACCGUUCGGCAGUGACGUCUGCACCGACCUUUGUGCCAGCGGGAAAGGCGCCGUCGGACGGAAGUGACACGGCAGCGUCGAUUCAGGCUGAACUGGCGCUGUCUGCUCAGUCGCUGAUACCACUGCUUGUCGACGUGGCGGUCAGCAACCCUGAUGUUACGGCCGCGCAGGAGAGUGGGGCGGCUUCUUCGGUGCACCAUGUACCUUUGAAUUUGCGCUGCUCAAGGUACACCUCUCUUGGCGAGUGUGCCCUGGUGGCGCUGGACGCAUGCCUGCAGUAUCACGCGCAAGCAGGCCAUUUACGCAGCCGCAGAGGCUUUCCGGUGUGCGUUUCGAGCUUCACGAUCGAGGAUCUUGUGCGAGCUCUUCCGAGUCUCACGGGUGUGUCGCAGUGCAGCGUGCACCCUCCCGUGCGCGCGGUGCCGUAUCGUCUUCUGUUGUACUUGAGUCAGCGCCUUGAGGAAGUGCUGGUGGUUCUCAGAUAUAUGCCCUCGCUUGCCAGCGCAGCUGUUUCGCGCGUGUUGGACUACGGACCUCGCGCCGCGCAGUGGGAGGCGGCAGCCGCUGCCGAAUGGCUGACGGUACUGGUGGACUUGCUGAUCGGCGCAGAGACAGCGACACAGGCAGCAGCGCCUUCGUGCGAGGCGAAGCCGCCAUCUCCGUCCCAACAGCGCCGUCGGCUUCCCACUGGGGCCGAGCUGCUGAACGAGUACUUCCACUUUGAUGACAGUCCCUUGUCUCGUAAGCUUCUGGUGACGAUAGCGUCGGGAAGGCGGAGCACCAGCACGGGGAGCGCCUACGCGGUGAACGCGCUGCUUCAGCUGGCAACACACCUGCAGAGCUACCUUCAGGCUCGCCGCCGCCACACGUUGCAUGAGCGACACUGCCACCCUCAGCAGUUAUCACCAUCGUCACUGUGCAGUGCGACGAGGGAAGGGGUCGUCAUGGAGGAGGCAGUCACGUUUCCUCUCUGUCCAGCUGGCGCGUCGUCGAUAGCACAGUGGGUGCUACUUCUGCAGGGCAUCACCGCAGACAAUAGGCGUCUCGCACGCAUCUGCAGAGCCUUCAAGCACUCGAUUGAGGGCGACCAUAGAGUGACUUGUCGGGGCAGCAGUGGCGUCAUAAAGGAUGCGUGCUCGCGCGCCGUCACGGCAGCUGAGCAGAUUGCGCUGCAGUACAACUUCACAGGAACGCUGUUCCGCGCGCUGGAGGCGCUGCUGUGCGACGCUGCAGCUGAGGUGCAGGCCGCCUCGCUGAGCUCCUGGAUUUUGUGCGAUGCCGUGGCAGCGGCGCUGACGCUGCCAACGCCGAGCAAUGUGGUGGCUAUGCUGUCGAGACGCUUCCAGGCAGCGCUCGCGCCGGAGGCCGGGGCCACCGACGCGGCUCAUUCGUCCCCGUCGUGGGCACUGCCGCCUGCGCUCGUGUUCGGCUACCAGGCAGCGACUCAGUGGGCCAGUCGCGUUGGCGCUUCCUGGCUGACGGGCUCGUACGGUUGCGUUGCCCAGACCGAGGUGGGCACCUCUGGCGGUGCUCGAGUACCCGGCGGUUUGCCCUUGAAACAAGGCUGUGUGGGACUGGUGGAGGAUAUCUGCACUGGUGCCUUGUCUGCAAUGCAGGAGACGUCGCUGGGUGUGUCGCAGCGCACUCGGUGCCUGGCGGCGACGCUCUUGUCCGCGGUCGUGGACGCGUGUCCAGCGGAGCAGCUUGGCGUGCUGGAAUCCCACGGCGCCGCGUUGUUUGCAGCGUCCACCACGUUGCAACGCCUCCCGUGCGUGAGCGGACUACAGUGUCGCCUGCUGCGGCGUGUGCACAGCGCAGCGAUGCGCGCAGCCACCUCCGGCGACGGAUGGCUGGACGAGAACAUCACCUCCCUCAAGCACACUGUCGAUUCCUUCAAGGAGCACACACGGCUGUCGUCCAGUUCGGCGAAAAAAGGAGGUCGUAACUCUCAUCGCCGACAAUCUCCUCAGCCGCAUAGUGCUAAACAAGCCGCAAGAGACCUGCAGCGCUUCCAAGUGUUAGUAUCCUUGCUAACGAGUCUAGUUUCUUGCGCAGGCGCGACAGUGGCAGACAAUGCCGUGCAUACCUCUAACCCAAGGGGAGAGGACGAGGAGAAGAGCCCCGCGGGACGGCAGCCACUGCUCACCAGCGCCCAGCGGCAAGCUUUGUGCGCCGUGCUGUGUGAUGCGCUGCGUGUCGACCAGCUGCAGCCCACUGUCGUGCUUGCGUUACGAAGCAUGGCUGACACCCACGAGGGACGUCGCUGCAUCCUCACCGAGAUCGCCAGUACAGGGGAUCCGCUUGGCCGAACUCUGUUUGGCCGCCUCCUGGCACUGACGCUUCACAUGCCGAGCCGCUGGGUGAAAGCGGACUCGGCAUCCGGGACCGGGUUGAGCAGCCAUGCCUUCUCGCCGACAUCAGCGUCGCAAGAUCGCCACCGCCGCCUCAGGUCCGCAUCGUCGCCCCAGCACUCGCCUUCCAUCACCUGCGCAGGCGCCACUGCUGCCUCCUCUGCCUCACCCUCGCGCACCCUUCCUCACGGCGGGACAGCGCUGUGCUCAGACAGAGGCAUGAUUUCUGCUGUCGGCUGCGAUGUGUGCACGGCACUCUGUGGCUUGCGGUCGGGGGAGGCUGCCGAGGGCGCCACAGCCCUUACAGAUGCCGGUCCAUCCUCUGUGCCGACAAGCAGCAACGUCUUUCUGUCCGCUUUCCUGAGGCACCGCGGCAUGGAGUACCUCGCCCGUGCCGUGGUGGAGGCCGAUCGCGAGAUGCGGCGCCACCGGCGCGAUCUCGCUGUGCCGCUGCACUGGCUGCGCCUCGCAGCAGCGCUAUCGUUGCAUGUCUCCAUUGCCAAGCUGUUUCUGCAGGAAUCCGACUUCUUCAGCGUUCUACUGGAGCUUGCUGGAACACCAGCAUCUUCGCUGCAUGCCCCAGCAGCCACUCUGGCCCUCCUCGCCAUUCGAAACGUGUGCUUUGCCGAUGGGCUGAAGUCGGCGCUCUGCCAGGACGCGCGGGUGUUGUUAACGCUCAAGGCGGCCGGCAUGGGUAUCACGGCCGUAAGCCAGCUGAUCGAGUGGCGUCCGCAGCCAUCACCGUCGCCGAGGUCAAAGCGACUACUCACCGCAGCCCGAUCAACAGUGACAGGCGGCGCACCGCCUCUCACCUCUCGCACUGGUGCUCACCUAGAAGUGAUGCUGCGCGAGGAUGUCAUCGACAUGGGGAACAAGACUGAGGUCGACUGGGGGAAGCAAGCGUGUGUCUACGCUCGUGGUAUGACGCAGUCCGGAGAGGAACCAUCAACCGACAGAAGAGACCCCGCCUCCUGUGACGCAGCUGGCGUCGUUUUGACAGUGGAGGAAAAGUCGGCCGGCGUUGUGCCGGGUGGUGCAGUCGGUGUGGACCGCGUUGCCGCCAUACCUCUGCCGCGCCACUUGUUUGGCGACGUUACUAAUCGCUCUCGUGCUGCUGAGGUGGAAGGUUCUCUGCUCGAGAUCGAUGCCACUGUGGGCGGUGGCUCUCCUGUAAAGCGGGUAGAGAAUGAGAUGCUUCCGGUGCUGGUGGCGGCGACUGAUUCAGAGGCCCAUCGCCGUCGCUAUUUGGCCGCUACCGCCGUCGUCUCGCUGUGGUUUGACAACCAGCGUGGUCGCAGCGCCAUCGCAGGCGUGCUCGCCGCGGAGCCGUGCUGGAGCAUGGAGGAUGUGCAAGCCGCAAUCAAGGCGCCCGUUGCUCCCCCUAUGAGUACAAAGGCGGAGCGAGGUGCGCGCUGA